CAAAGGGAUGCUCACCUCCGGAAAUCGCCCAAAAUACUACAGCUAACAUACAUGGCGCAUGCGCUCUAACGUUUAAAUUUUAAACGAAGAACCACACUACGCAAUUUGCGCCGGUUUGUAUUCACAGAGGAGAUUAGGUGAAAACUGCAUUCCUUAUGGGAAGAGACUACGCCGUUUACUUCAGUCCUUCAAAUAUUGCAAGUAACAUCGACUGAAAAGAGUAAACAACUGAAUCCUUACUUUACCAUGCUUUAAAAAUUCCCUGCGUCUUUGAAUGAAUAUUAGGCGGGAUGGGUCGAUUAGACCUUGGCGAUGUAGUCCUGCGCCGGAUGCAGGAGAAAGACAUUGAAGCUGUGAAGAUUCUUAUCAAGGAAGGAUGCGAGGGAACCGAAAACCGUCUCAUUCUUCACCUCCUUACCCGUCCAGCUGCCCUUCUCAUGCUGGCCACUAUCUCCUCCGUCCUCCGCUUUGUGCUGCACUCUUUCAUCAUUGCGUUGGUCAUUCCCGUCUUCCUUCUUAUCGUCUACCUCAAGCUCACCAUCCCACGAUCAGUGGGCAUCCUGGGCUCCAGCAGGCCAUACUGGGACUAUGUGGGUAGCAGUUACCAUGCGGACACCGAACCAGAACUUCCCAAUCCGUACGCAGGAAGAGCAAAUCCGAGCGCCAGUCAAGAGAAAACCAGACGGCGCAAAAAAGCCAAGGAGAAAGAGAAGACCAAUGAGAGAGAGCAGGUGGAUGAGGAUGAAAUUAAGGAGAGGGCAAAGGUUGCCGGCGAGGUUUGGGUAGCAGACUGUGAUGGAGAGAUUAUGGGGUGUGUGGCUAGAGACGGUUGGAGUCGGCAUGGUGUUUGUCGGAUAUGCAGGCUGGUGGUUCAAAGCUGGUACCGCAGAGAGGGACUGGGAGGAUUACUGGUGCAGGGGUUGGAAUCUAAAGCAAGGCAGAGUGGAAUAUGCCGGGUCUAUGCCCACGUGCCAUUUCCCUCCAAAGUGGGAGAGGUUUUCUUUAGGAGGCUAGGUUAUCGUCUGCAAGGUGAGACUGGAGGGACUGAGGAAGAGGAGGAGGAUGAGUAUGAAGAACCAGAAAAGGGUUGGCUGGGGUUCCCUUUAACCAAAGUGUUUGUUAAGGAUUUGUGAGUGAAGUGUCAAUAAAAAGAUGGAAAAGAUUCAACCUGAUAUUAAAAAAAAACUUAAGGAUAGUUCACCCAAAAA